AUGUGCGUGGACGAGCCCGGUGUCCAUAGCUGCAAGGGUGUGGUGAUCCAGAGACGAAAGCGAUCAGCAAUGGAUACUGUAAUGUUGGCUGUCUUUGCAGAGCAGGAAGAGCUGCGUUCUUUGAGAAGGCAUCGGUCUAAUUUGCGUAAUACUACCGAUAUUAUGGAGCUACCGGAUGCAGAAUUCAUCAAAAACUUCCGGUUGAACAAGGAAGCAUUUCUGUACAUCCUUGGCGAAAUUACUGACGAAUUUCCCCCUCAAAGGCAAGGAGCCCUUUCCGUGAAGGAGAAACUCGCAGCUUGUCUUCGUUUCUUUGCCGAGGGCAGCUAUCAGCAUGGAACCGGAAAAGACUUUGAUGUCGCAGUAGCUCAGCCAACGUUUUCAAAGAUCCUUUCAGAAAUUCUUACUGUUUUCGAGAGGAAAAUGUGUCCUCAGUGGAUAAACAUACGCAUGUCAAAUGAAGAAAUGCGUCGAGCAAAACGAUUUUUCUAUGAGAAAUCUGGUAUCCCUGGCGUGAUCAUGUGUGUUGAUGGAACACAUAUAAAAAUUAUUCCUCCGAAUGUAAACCGCAACCUUUUUUACAACCGGAAAGGAUUUUAUAGCUUGAAUGUUAUGAUCAUGUGUGACGACACACAACGAAUUCGUUUCGUAGAUGCCGGAUAUCAAGGAUCCAAUCAUGAUUCGCAUGUGUGGGGGUUAAGCUCGGCUCGAAGAUACAUGCAGCAGCUGCAUAGAAAUGGCGACACAAACAUUAAAAUCUUAGGCGAUGCAGGUUACCCAUCUGAGCCAUGGUUGAUAACUCCACACCGAGCACCGGAGGAUGGAAGUCCUGAAAGCAACUUCAAUAGGUUGCAUAGUGUAGGGAGGGGCAUAAUUGAACGGACCAUCGGAGUACUGAAAAAUCGUUUCCGAUGCAUACUAGGUGCCCGGCAAUUGCACUAUUCGCCAUCGAAAUCAUCGAAGAUUAUAAAUGUGUGUUGUGCAUUGCACAAUCUUUGUUUGACAUAUUUGAAUGAUGAUUUGCAAUAA